GGGUUAAGGCUGGGAGGUGGGAGGGAGGUUGGACCAAGGGGUGGGGAGAGAGGAGGAGGCCUCCACUGCAGAGAGAAGUGGCCAGAGAGGCCCACAGGACAGCCAGGGACAGGCAUGCGGCCAGGGUUCUGGGGCUUGGGCAGGGGCUGCCAGGCCCCGUGACGGGAGGACUUCGAGCCCCUGGCCCGGGGAGAGGGCCAUGGUGCUGCCUGACCAACAUGUCAGCCGAGGUGCGGCUGAGGCAGCUCCAGCAACUGGUGCUGGACCCCGGCUUCCUGGGACUGGAGCCCCUACUCGACCUUCUCCUGGGCGUCCACCAGGAGCUGGGUGCCUCCGACUUGGCCCAGAACAAGUAUGUGGCCGACUUCUUGCAGUGGGCGGAGCCUGUCGUGGGGAAGCUUAAGGAGGUCCGACUGCAGAGGGAUGACUUCGAGAUUCUGAAAGUGAUAGGACGUGGAGCGUUCAGCGAGGUAGCAGUGGUGAAGAUGAAGCAGACGGGCCAGGUGUACGCCAUGAAGAUCAUGAACAAGUGGGACAUGCUGAAGAGAGGCGAGGUGUCAUGCUUCCGUGAAGAGAGGGAUGUGUUGGUGAAUGGCGACCGGCGCUGGAUCACACAGCUGCACUUCGCCUUCCAGGAUGAGAACUACCUGUACCUGGUCAUGGAGUACUACGUGGGUGGGGACCUGCUAACACUGCUGAGCAAGUUUGGGGAGCGGAUCCCAGCGGAAAUGGCGCGCUUCUACCUGGCUGAGGCAGUCAUGGCUGUAGACUCCGUGCACCGACUGGGCUAUGUGCACAGGGACAUCAAACCAGACAACAUCUUGUUGGACCGCUGUGGCCACAUUCGCUUGGCUGACUUUGGCUCCUGCCUCAAGCUGCGGGCAGAUGGAACGGUUCGGUCGCUGGUGGCUGUGGGCACCCCAGACUACUUGUCCCCUGAGAUCCUGCAGGCUGUGGGUGGCGGUCCUGGGCCAGGCAGCUAUGGGCCAGAAUGUGACUGGUGGGCACUUGGUGUGUUUGCCUACGAAAUGUUCUAUGGGCAGACACCAUUCUACGCAGACUCCACUGCUGAGACUUAUAGCAAGAUUGUCCACUACAAGGAGCACCUGUCUCUGCCACUGGUGGACACAGGGAUUCCUGAGGAAGCUCGAGACCUCAUCCAGCGGCUGCUGUGUCCCCCAGAGACAAGGCUGGGUCGGAAUGGAGCAAGCGAUUUCCAGAAGCAUCCUUUCUUCUUUGGCCUCGACUGGGAUGGCCUCCAUGACAGUGCUCCCCCCUUUACUCCAGAUUUCCAGGGUGCCACUGACACAUGCAAUUUUGAUGUGGUAGAGGAUGGGCUCACUGCCAUGGUGAGCGGGGGUGGGGAGACACUGUCAGACAUGCAGGAAGGCGUGCCGCUGGGGGUCCAUCUGCCUUUUGUGGGCUACUCCUACUCCUGCAUGGCCCUCAGGGACAGGGAGGUCCUCUCAGGCCCAACACCCAUGGAACUGGAGGCGGAGCAGUUGCCUGAGCCACAGGUGCAAGCGCCCAGUCUGGAGCCUACAGUGUCCCUGCCAGAGGAAACAGCUGAAGUGGCAGUUCCAGAGGCUGUCCCAGCAGCACAGGCUGAGGCAGAGGUGACGCUGCAGGACCUCCAGGAGGCCCUGGAAGAGGAGGUGCUUACCCGGCAGAGCCUGAGCCGUGAGCUGGAGGCCAUCCGCACCGCCAACCAAAACUUUGCCAGUCAACUGAGCGAAGCGGAGGCCCGGAACCGUGACCUGGAGGCACACGUCCGCCAGUUGCAGGAGCAGAUGGAAUUGCUUCAGGCUCAAGGAGCGGAAGCUGUCACGGGGGUCCCCAGUCCCCGGGCUACGGAUCCACCUUCCCAUCUAGAUGGCCCCACGGCCGUGGCUCUGGGCCAGUGCCCGCUGGUGGGGCCAGGCCCCAUGCACCGCCGCCACCUGCUGUUCCCUGCCAGGGUCCCUAGGCCUGGCCUAUCGGAGGCGCUUUCCCUGCUCCUGUUCGCCGCUGCUCUGGCUGGUUCCGCCACCUUGGGCUGCGCUGGGUUGGUGGCCUACGCCCGCUAUCUCGCCCCGGCCUGGCGCUGCCCGGGAGCCGCCUUCGCCCCCUGAACCCUAGAACCCCUGUGUUCCACUCGAGGCUCGUUGAAGGGUUGGGUGGCCCGGACACUACACAGAAGACGCUCCCGCCGCUUUCGGGUUCACACUUCUCCGAGCGUGAACCGGAGCUCAUCUCCCCAGCUCCUGUACUAUGAUCCAGGCCCGCCCCCUGGUGGCCGGGGAGAGAGGAGCCGGGUCCGCGACAGGCGAAUAGGGCUCGUAGGGGCAUUGUAUCCGGGAAUGCUGCUGUUGCUGUUGCAGGGUGGGAUCGCAGACCACUUCUUUCUUCCUACCGGGCUGAGGCCCCGACGUGGAUGAGGAAACUGCGGUCCUGAGAAGGCAGCAGGCCGAGCGUGGCUAUCCAUUUUUCACCCUCCACGCACUCCCACCUACCACCGUCAAACGCAAAUUCCCGUGCAUGCGGUUCUGCUUUCCGGGGAACGUUUUAUUUCCGUGGCAAACGUUCGAAGCGACCUCUGCCCUCUUUCUCGAAAAGCUUUGGCCUUGGCCAGCCCCGCUUUUUCGGGGACUCUUGCGUCUCCCUCCUCACAUGCGCUACUCUCAGAGCCAUAGUAGGCUCCGUCCGCCUUAAGAGGUUUGGAUAUUUAUUGAUCUUGUUUUGUCUUCUAACUCGCUGACAAGCUUCAGGAUCCCUACACCCCAACCCACGUUUUGGAUGCACUGAGACCCCCCGACAUUCCUCGAUAUUUAUUGUCUCUCCCCACCUAGGACCCCACUCCCGACCCUCGCAAAUAAAAAGGCCCUCUCUACUGCUCAAAGCUUGGAA